GAAGGCGGGCCCUACUUCUGGCACAUCCCCAGCGGUCACAUCCAAAGGGAGGCACCCAUUGGAGAGACACCAGACGUGACGCGAAGGGAUUCAUUGGUUUAUUUGAAGAGUUUGGAUGAAAACAUGGAUCUAAACAAACGGGACACCAAUCAGACCGAAGAGAAUGUGUUGACGUUUUUGGUGAACUCCUUGGGAUGGAUGGAAGUGGAGGAAAGCCAAUUGACUUCCGCCACGAGCUCUAAACUCAUCCAGAAGUGUAUCAUUGAGUUGAGCACAAGAGGUGAUAACAAUGCUGUCCGCUGUUGGGGCCGACAAACACAACAACUGGUGCUGAAGAUUGAGAACUCAUGCCUCAAGUUGUAUGACAUGAGUGGCAAUACUUUACUCAAUUGUCAUCCAAUCCGUGGUCUGAGAGUUUGGGGCGUAAAUGACAACAACGACUUCGCUUUCGUUGCAAAGGAUAGCUCUGAAAAUAAUUACCAGUCGAGUGGUGACCACGAAGUCAAUCAAAAGAGUCCUCUUCUGGCAUCGCCUGGUGUUCCCUCUAAUGAACUCAAAUGCCAUGUCUUUCACUGCGAAGAGGACAGCAAUAGUGCCCAAAGAAUUGCAACAUAUCUUAGAGACGAAAUGAUUCGCUUCAAGUCUGACAUCGAGGGCUCGCGUUGGGGAUCACCUCCACAGCGGCCGAAGAAUCUGUUCAUUUACGAGAGCAGCAAAAGUCCGGUCAACUUAGCGACGCCCACAGCCAUUGAGUUCCCGACGCCUAUAGAAGAGCCACGAAAGACAAUUGCAGCCAAAUAUUUGGGAAAAACCAAAGUUCCCAAACCCAUGGGAAUCGAUGUCUUGAAUAAAGCCAUUGAAACCAUUCUUUACAAUGAAAACAAUGACUCUUCAGUUGAAGUCUUUAAUAUCCAGGUCUUGGUUCACAUCUCGCCGUCGAAUAUAACUAUUGAGUGCAAAGAAACGGCUCAAUGUCUCACUGAAUGUAGAGUCAGGUAUUUGUCAUUCUUAGGGAUUGGAAGCGAUAACGUGAAGACCUGUGGCUUCAUAAUGCAAAUCGAUGACAACCACUUCGAGGCCCUGUGCUUCGAGUGUGAGCCGAGUUCGGGUGCCUUUUGCAAGACAAUAGAGGCCGCCUGUAAG